GACAAGUUGUUUUCAUUGCGCAGCAUAACCUGUUUGUGAAACCCGCGAAGUGGAGCUGGGAUCCCAAUUUUGAAUCCAUAUCAGUCCCCCACUGUUUUCGAAACCCUAAUUCCACACACGUCUCUCUCGUUCCACUGUAAAAUCCGUUUGUUGAUGGCGACAACGAUUACGAGGAACGAGAAUGUCGUUAAGGUUGAAGCUGAAGGCGACGGAGGUGAAGAACAAAAUGAGGUUUCUAAAUCUGAAGCAGAGCCAAAGGAGGGUGUUCAGAAGAAGAGAGGUAGGAAAAGAUGUCGGAAAGUGAACAACGGGAACACUGGUAAUGCUAUUAAAUCUCAAAAGAAGAACAAGGUUCCUGAUGAAAAUGGAAGCCUAAUUAAGGCAGAUCCAGUAAUGUGCCAUCAGUGUCACAGGAGCGACAAGGGACGAGUUGUUAGGUGCCAGAAGUGCAUUACAAAGCGUUACUGUGUGCCUUGCAUGAAAAGAUGGUACCCUAACAUGACUGAGGAGAUGUUUGCGGAGUGUUGCCCAGUUUGCCAAGGCAACUGCAACUCUACACAUUGCUUGCGCUAUGUGCACCCUAAUGUCAAAGAAAAAAUUGUUCCCAAACCUGAUGAUGAUCAGAAAGUUCAAUAUUCUAUUUACAUGUUGCAUGUGCUUCUUCCGGUUUUGAAGCGUCUAAAUGAGCAGCACAUGAAAGAGAUAGCGAUAGAGUCUACAAUACAAGGAUCUUCUAUAUCCGAGGUACAUUUGAAGGAGGUAAACUGCAGCUUGGAUAAGCAAAUGCACUGUGGCUGCUGUAAAACAUCAAUUUUUGACUUGCAUAGAAGCUGCCCUUCUUGUCAUUAUAACAUUUGCCUUCAAUGUUGCUGGGAAUUGCGAGAUGGCAACCCUCAAGGAAACAAAGAAGAAGUUAUCAUUGAACCUAAAGAUCCAGGGCCUGAGUACUUACAUGGCAUCCCUAAGGGAUUCAGGAAAGCAUUGAAAAAGACAUGUUAUGUUGAGAAGGCUGCUGAAGAUCCUGCACCGAAGGAAAAGCAAACUCAUGACUGGAGUUCUUUGGUUGAUGGCAGAAUUCUUUGCCCUCCAAAAAGCAUGGGUGGUUGUGGUUGUGGGAUUUUAGAGUUGAUGCACAUAAAGCCACUUGACAGCAUUUCAAAUCUGUUGGAUAAAGCACACAAGCUGUUAAAGAUGCACCAAGUGGAGGAAGAUAUGCAUGAGAUGCCUGAGCAGUGUUGCUAUUGUUCAAGCUUUUUGAAAGAAAGCAAUGGUGGUGAUCAGCAGUUAUGUAAAGCUGCUUCCCGUGAAAAUUCCAGUGACAAUUACUUGUAUUGCCCACGUGCUAUUGACAUUCAACAUGGAGAUUUAAAGCACUUCCACUGGCAUUGGUCAAAAGGGGAGCCUGUAAUAGUCAGCAAUGUUCUAGAAACUACUCUUGGGUUGAGCUGGGAACCCAAGGUCAUGUGGCGUGCUUUUCGCCAGAUUCCAAAUACCAAACAAGACAAGCUCUUGGAUGUGGUUGCUAUUAAUUGUUUAGAUUGGUGUGAGGUUGACAUUAAUGUUCAUCAAUUUUUUACUUGGUAUUCAAAAGGUCGAUAUGACACUGAAGGGUGGCCUGAGAUCCUAAAACUGAAAGACUGGCCUCCAUCAAAUUUAUUUGAAGAAUGGUUGCCACGUCAUGGUUUUGAAUUCAUCACUUCUUUACCCUUUAAAGAAUACACACAUCCACGUGAUGGAUACCUUAAUCUUGCAGUCAAGUUGCCUGAAGAAUCUUGUAAGCCAGACAUGGGUCCUAAAACUUAUAUAGCUUAUGGUGUUUCUGAAGAAUUGGGACGUGGAGACUCUGUAACUAAACUCCAUUGUCACAAGUCUGAUGUGGUGAAUGUGCUGACUCAUACUGCAACUGUGCCCCUCAAUUCUAAACAUUGUAAAAGCAUAAAUGAAUUAAAAAAGCUUCACAUGAUUCAGGAUCAGAAGGAACUUUAUGUUGAUAACACGAAAGAUGCUACUUCCGAGCAAGUUGUUGGGUUGAAGAAACAAGAAGGGCAUAAAACUAUUAGUAAUCAAUCAGACCAAUAUUUAUUGAAGAAGGAAAGCUGUGAAGGAGUUGAGUUUGACAUUGAUAAAAAAGAUAAGAGGAAGAGAAAGGAUUCAAUUCAAAGAGUUAAGGGACCAGAUGGAAAUAAACGAAAGAAAAAGAAGGGCAGGAAACAAGUGAUAUCUUCUGAUAGUGAAGAACUUGAUAACCUUGAUGAUAUUUCAGGUAGUUGUGUGGAUGGAUUUGAUUUGGGAGAUGGAGGUGCUCUGUGGGACAUAUUUCGGAGGGAAGAUACUCCUAAACUGCAGGAAUAUCUCAAAAAACACUUCAAAGAGUUCAGACAUGCCUUUUGUCUUCCACUGCAGCAGGUUACACACCCAAUUCAUGAUCAAACAUUUUACUUAACCAUGGAGCAUAAAAGGAAACUCAAGGAAGAGUUUGGAAUUGAAGCAUGGAGUUUUGUCCAAAAGCUUGGGGAUGCUGUCUUUAUACCUGCUGGAUGUGCUCAUCAAGUUAGAAAUCUAAAGUCAUGUAUAAAAGUUGCACUGGACUUUGUAUCUCCUGAAAACGUUGGUGAAUGCAUCCGUUUGACAGAAGAUUUCCGCCUUCUUCCCCAAAAUCAUAGGGCAAAAGAAGAUAAGUUAGAGGUGAAGAAAAUGGCAUUUUAUGCAGUGAAGGCAGCUGUAAAGGACUUGGAAAAAAUUGUUCACAAGAACUCGGAUAAUCUUGAAAACUACAAAGUUGAAGUUCCAGUGACUGAAAAUCUCCAAACCUUGCAAAAGGAUGUGGGAUUACAAAUAGAUCCCCAAAAUGAAGAAACUGAAAGUGGUGGCAAUUGCAACAUAAAAGGAUCAAGGACUAGAGAAGAUGCAUGUGAAAAGAAAAAGAAAGGGAAAGGGAAAGGAAAAGGAAAAGGAAAAGGUAAGGAAUCAUCAGAGUCUUGUUCGUCUCUUGAUGAAUUUGUUGCACAGCUUGGUGCAAUUAAGGUUACUAGAGACAAUGAAGUUGAACUCAUGAAAAAAAGACUUGACUUUGACCAAAAAAAGGAGCUCAAAAAGGAAGAAUGGAACACUAAGAAGAUGUAUUACAUGCAUCUCAACACACUAUUUGCUAAAAACCACUUGUUGCCGGAAGAUGAACACAUUAAGUGCCAUCUCUUAGCCAUGUUGUAUGACAUGUAAUUGCACUUUAUUAUUGUACAUGAUUUACAAGAAAACAGAAACUUGCUUUUAUCAUUCCCACGCUUGUGUCUAUUUACCAUGGGAAUCUUACAUGUAAAAAAAAAUGGUUAAAUGGCCAAAAUUUAACUAUUAAUAUACAAGGCUAAACUCUUGAAAUGACAAUCUUUGUAAUGCAAUUUUCAAUAGUGAAGGUGAU